UUUUUUUUUUUUUUUUACCGCUCCUCUGCUGCAUUUUAAUUUUCAUAGCAAUAGUGGCCAUUGUUCUGUCAACAUUAUCCAACGCGUUAAAAAGAGUUUUAUCUUAUCCAUGUCAAGCAUACAUAUAUUGUUUCAUUUAAUUAGAAGAGAUGACUUUUAUACGAGCUUUAUACGAUUUACACAGUUUCGAUUUUUCAAUAAUUUCAGAGUCUUAAUUUUAACUUUUAAAUUUAACUUUUAAAAUCUAAUUUUCAAAUUCGUAAACUCAGUUUUUUUUAUGGAAAUUUUGAAAAUAGCAAGUUAAUAAUGUACCAUACUUCUUAGGAACUGUCUGGGGGUUUAUAGAAUAUUCCUACAAGACUUAUCUUUAAAUCGAAAAAAAAAAAAAUCUGUCAAUAAAUAAGGGAUAAUUUGUCAUAUGUUUCAUAUAUUCCAAACCGAGACAGUGAAAAUAAGGAGUAAAAAUCACAGAAAUUUAUGUAAACUGAGGUAAUACUUGAAACCAUAAGGAGGGUGAGAAGUGGCUUUUUGAUUCAAAUUAUGAAACAUAUUUUUUUUUCUUUUCAUGAACAGAUUUUUCUCAGAUCUUAUCUGAAAUAUUUUACUCCAACGUAAUACAAAUGUAAGUUUCCCAAGGAAUUUAUUAUCGUUAUCUUGUUGCGUUUCACCAUUUGUGUGUGAUAAUAUUUAAUAAGAUUUCAAAGCAUUGGAUCACACAUGCUUUAACAAAACUGAUUUUUGGAAAUCGGUUGUCUCAUUCCUCUUUUUCCAUUAUGUGCUUAGUGAAAAUUGUCCUUCCCGAGAAGGAGUCUAUCCAUGUUAUUGCAGUGAAAAGGGAAAAGCGAUUGCCUCCCAUUGUUUGCAUAUCAAUUCAUUAAAAGAACUCAGAAACUCAAUUAAAGGAUAUCAUGGACGUCAUCUAUCCUCGUUUGUGAUUGAAAACUCGUACUUCGACUAUCUUCCAUCUGAUAUUUUCGAAAAUGUUACUAUUAAGCAUUUGAAAAUCUUAAAAUCCAACUUCACGAGAAUAGCUAACUUAGGAGAAAGGCAAUUUCAAGGCUUGGAAACAUCACUAGAGUCUAUAUCUAUCGUGGACACUUUCACAGCAGCAAGACCUUUUGCUUACGUCUCGAUGGAAAAUCUUAAGAAACUGAAAACUUUAGACCUUGAAGGGAAUUACAUAGCAGUGGUGAAUAAUCAUUGGUUCGAACGUGGACCAACAAGCCUGAGGAAGUUACGAUUUGUAAAAGGACAAAUCAGUAUCGUUGGCUACAAAGCAUUUGAAGUUCUAAAGAAUUUGGAAAUGUUAGAUCUCUCUGAUAAUUCAAUCACGUAUCUAGCACGAUCAGCUUUGCCACAGCCAGCUUUACUUCUCCAGGAAAUAAAUUUAGAGCGCAAUAAACUUGAGAGUUUACCAGAAAAUAUAUUCCAUCGAAUGCCAAAUUUGAAAAGGGUUAACUUGGAGCUGAACGAAUUUUCUACAUUUGAUGAAUCAAUAUGGAGGCCAGUUUGGUGCCAUCUGGAGAUAUUAAACAUUGACUAUAAUCCAAUGAUCUGUGAUUCCAAAAUUAGAUGGUUGUACCAUGGAGCAAAAAGUUUGGCAACAAAGCUGAUAGGAACAUGUUAUAAGCCAUUUAAACUCAUGGACAGAGAUCUUCACUCACUCACAGUAAAUGAACUUCAGUGAUAACAAUGUUGAUACUCUUCAAAUAAAACUAAAAUGAACCAUCACUAAGGCAUUAAAAAACAUCUUAAAAUAUUCGAAUACAUCUGUUAAUAAAUAUUAUUUAAAAAUCCAACAGUUUUUACCAAAAUUACAAACUUAAAAUCCAGGCUUUUGGAAUUGACUAUAAAUAGCUAGCUUCUUUACUCAGUUAAGUAGAAAAUAGCUACAGAAAAUAUAUAUUGAAUAAUAUAAAUAAAACAAAUGAAAAAUCAGCAUUCUAAUUUAUUUAAGUAACCAGUAUUCCAAAAUUAAAUUCACUUUUUCCUAUGAAUUAACACAAAAUUGAAAGUGAAGUUAGUACCAUUUUAUGAACAUUUGAAGACUUAUUUAACACUUUUUAUAUAUCUAAGUUGUUUACGAAGUUCAGAACUUUCAAACGUACUGCAUCAUUCAUUAUGAUUCAUUCAGAUAUAUUUUAUUGACAAAUUGGCACUAACAUAUUUUCAUUCUAUUUCUCAGUUCUUACUUACCACAGUUCAUGCUGUUGAAAUUUAGGUACCCAAAUUCAGCACUGAAUAAAAAAUUACAAACUGAAAUGGUUCAUUGUGAAAAGUCUCUAAAAAACUUAAUUUUUUUAAAUAUUACUCUGAAGCAUUUUAAUACUGAUACACUUCAUUCUAGAAACAUCUGUAUGAAUCACACUUCUAUGCUCAAAUGAUUUUAUGAAAAUGGUCUGUCUAGUACUCCAUCAACAGAAGUGCCAAUAUGAAAGGUGGAGGUGUAUUGAGAAUACGGCAAAGCAAACUAGGGCUAUCUGCCUAGGAAGAGGGAUGCCUUCGUAGAAACCUUUUUAAGGCAAACUGGCUCGUAUACACGUUACACUUGGGGAAAACCAAGAAAACACCCAUGCAGCCAACCCGUUUGAGGGAUUCGAACCUCGGACCAAACUACCAGUGUUCAGCGAUUUUACCACUCGGCCGCUGGUGGGCCGCCAAUAUGAAAGAAAAAUGACAUCACUUCAUAUGCAGAAGUUAGUAUAAUAGACAGUUCUGGAUGGCUAUCCUCUGCUGAACAGGAAGGAUGCCCUUGUGGGAAACUGCCUUGUAAAUUAUGUUAUAAAUGAGAAAAUCUAUGAAAAUUUCCAAGCAACCAGGCCAUUUCCUGGGAUUCAAGUCCAGGUCAAAUUAUUGUUAAGAAAUUUUACCACUUGGCUGCUGAUUUAGCACUUAGGGACAGGAAUGGAGACCUCAGGAAAAGACUAUAUAAAUAUAUGAAGACAGAGAGAGAAAGAGAAGUUCACAAAUGCAUAUUAUUAUUCCCAUCAACAGUUAUAAGUUGCCAUCAACAAAAUUCUAUCAACACAAGUUCUUGAUAUCAGAAGUAAAACAAAAUAGCUCUCAGGAAAAGAAUGCAUGAAACUACUAACUAGCAACUGCUUUGUAGCCUUUCUUCCCGUGAAACAAUCUUUAGCUGCAGUAUUAUUUUGGUAUUUUGAUAAGUGUGCAAUAUAAUUUCAUUUAUUGGUUUUGGAAUAAAGUAUGGAUGAUCCCUUUGUCUUAGAAAAGUUUAAAUCUGAUUUUGAGCUGCUAAAAUCAGCUGCUAAAUCACACAAUUAAUUUUCUUCUUUUGCUUCUUGAAACAAAAAGGAUGGAAAAACAGAACUUCAACAAAAAAGCAACUAACAACUAUUCUUCCUGCUCAUUUGCAAUUACAACACUACAUAGCUACUCGUGAUGUGAAAUAUACAUUGUCAUGUGUAACUCAUUAUGCAUAGCUUAUCGUAUAGAGAACAGGUUACCACAUUUGGCACAUUAUCUCACAGUUAAGACUGUUGUCCCAUCAACCAAAAGGUACCUUAUACCAUGAACUUCAUCAAGAAGUUACUUUGCUCACCAAGUAUUAUAAAAUAUUUCACAAAAUAUAUAGGAUAUGAUAGAACAGCUCAUUUUUGGGAGCCUGAUGAAUAUUGGAAGUGGAUGGCUUUUGUGAUUUGCUAUGAUAAUGUAGGAAAGUAGAAAAUAAUUAAAAGCACUGAAAUGCCAUAUUGAGUUAAACAAGAUGGCAAUAUGUAAAGUAAGAUAGAAUAAAUGUCAAUCCUUAAACAUUAUUUUGUGCAAUUUACAAUUCCUGUUUCCCUAUUAGCCAAUGAGAGCAUUAUUAAACAUUUCCAGUAUUUUACAAAAUAAUUGAAAAGGAAAAGUAAAAAGCAGUAGAGAAAAAAAGUGAAGAUAUAUUUAACUCUGACGGUAAAUAUUUACUACUAAAAAAUUAUUUAACUUUUUUGUACAAAAGUGCCCAUAUAGGUUUUCAUUUAACCGAGAAUGUUUUGAUAUACAAUUAAUUUCUCUUAAUUUGAACAAAACUGCCCUAAAUGCAAUAUCAGUGUAAAUUUUAUUUAUAAUACAUACUUUAAAAAUAAAUAAUAGCAGUUAUUUAUUUUUAAAGUAUGUAAUAAUAGCAGUAAAUUAUAGCAGUUUAAUACCAUUUGCUUUGAAACUUUAUAACCUAUACAUUUAGAGCUUCUAAAAUGAAUAAUGUUAUUUUAUUAUAAUGAAUAGCACAGAUACCAUAAAAUGCAAAUCAGAUAUUCUAAAAUUAGGAGAAAUUCAACUUGACAUUGCUAUUACUUUCAUGACCAUCAAUAGUCCAUUUAUCAAGACCAGAUAAAAAAUUUUUUUAAAAAAAGGUUGACAUACUCUCC